UCGAGCAGACACAAUUCAGUCCCGUGAGCAGGUCACAGAAGUAAACAUAAAAACAAAGCCCACGCUCCGCGCGCUCUGGUGUGUCUAAUGUGUCGAGCAGUUUCCUCCGUCGUCUCACAAAGUGCCGCCGCUGUCUGUCAGCGGCUUUGACGCGGGCCGCCAGCAUCCUCUCCGGCAUCCACAAGUGAAUGAGGAGGGCCGGUGGCCCACAGGGAGGGGUCGUUUGCUUCCAGGGCUGCCUACUCCUGGAUGGAGCAGGCAGCGAUGGCCAUGGGAGAUGUCUCGAAAAAAGCAUCGACUAGGAACCUCGCGGUGGAGAGGAAAAACCUCCUCACGGUCUGCAGGUUUUCAGUUAAGACCCUGCUGGAGAAAUACACGGCCGAGCCCAUCGAUGAUUCAUCAGAAGAGUUUGUCAAUUUCGCCGCCAUCCUUGAACACAUCCUCAGCCACCGUUUCAAAGGCUCUAGUAGCUGGUUCGAUGGUCAGAGGAGUUACUGGGACUACAUCCGCCUGGCUUGUGCUAAAGUCCCCAACAGCUGCAUUAGCAGCAUUGAGAGCAUGGAAAACAUCAGCACCUCACGAGCCAAGGUCCGAGCCUGGAUGAGAGUAGCUCUGAUGGAGAAGAGGCUAUCUGAAUACAUCGCCACUGCUCUGAGGGACAGCAGGACAACCAAGAGGUUCUAUGCAGAGGGAGCCAUCAUGUUAAGAGAAGAAGCUACAGUGCUAACAGGGAUGCUAAUAGGUCUUGGAGCUAUAGACUUUAGCUUCUGUUUAAAAGGGGAGGCCCUGGAUGGGAAAUCUCCUGCAGUGAUUGACUAUACUCCAUACUUGAAAUUUACACAAAGCUAUGAUUACCUGAGCGAUGACGAUGAUCGGCAGAGUGUUGACAGCAGCGCGAGUGACGACAGCGUCCCUGAACAUCCUUACAUCCCCCUGGUCACAGACGAGGAGAGCUGGAGCACAAAGUGUCGCAAGAUGGAGCAGAGGUUCAAGAUUGUCAAUGCACAAAAGGGUUACCUGGAGGAGCUUGUGCGUCUGCGUGAGUCACAGCUGAAGAACACAGAGAUGGAGAACAAGAGGCUAAAGGCCCGGCUGGAGGAGCUGCAGACCCAGAGCCAACAGGAGAAAAGGGAACUAGAGGCCAUUGUCUUGGAGCUUCAGGAGCAACUGACAAGCUUGAUUCCGUGUGACUCCAACCACUUGGCGAAAAACCUCUCAAUCCCACUCGUCAACCAGUGGCCAACGCUCGAGCCGUUCGACAGCCAAGAGGACUUGAAGCUGUUUCGCAGAACUGCUUCAGUUCUUCACAGCAUGGAAUCAAAAAGUCCAUCUGCUUCAAGGAGGAGUUUUCCAAGCACAGAGCUGCUGUCAGUGGAGGUCAGCCUGGAUUCUGACUCUCAGAGGACUCAUGGGAAACAGAAUGGGAGGGCCUGGUGCACAGAAAAGGACUACACCCCCUCCAUGAUGGGCCUGUGUGGGUCCUUGGCGUCCUUCCCAAGCUGCAAAUCUCUGACUAGCCUGAAGUCCAGCGAGUGCCUGGUCAACAUCAGCACAGAGAACAGUCCUGCCCUCUCUCCCAGCUAGGGGGCACCAAAGAAACACUGCCAAGAAACAUUAAGACGCUCCGGCGUGAAAAUAAAACGACUGUUCUCGGUGGGCGGACAGAUGCUUGACAGACUUGAGUCCCUUUACUUUUAAAACCCAGCACUCUCUCAGCUUACACCUGUUGUGGAAGAGCAGCCUGCACGCUCUCUGGGCCUGUGCAGCCAAGAUACAGGAGCAAGCUGCCGCACUGCCUCAUGGCCUCCUACAGCGUCAUUGCCUUUCAUUGUCGUGACAUCAUUAAGCCUCCUGCACUGUAAAGCAGCUGGUUUAAGUCUGACCCUCCUUCACUUACAGUCACCCAUCUGAACCGGUCACCUUCAUCGAAGCUCGCUGUAGGGUCGUUCUGUGUGUCGCUGUCCUUUUGUCUGUGUCUUAUCGAUCUGUCAGCCUAUCUUACUCUGCCUGUUGAAUAACACUCACAAGAUGGGUGAGCUGCUAUAUCCUUAUGGAGAAACAGCCCUAUUAUAUACUGUUACAGGAGCAUGAAAAGAUUUUAGAACAGAAGCUUUUAAUGUGGCGAGUCAGAUGGUUUAUGAUGAAGAUUAUUUAAAAAAAUAAAUAACAGAAGCUACUUUAUGAUAUUAAAAUCAAUGACAGUUUAGACCUUAUUCAAUCAUACGCUAGGUUAGACACACAGGCUACAGAGGAUUGUGGAGAUGCCACAGUGUGAACAUUUAAAAAAAACAGAAAUCUGUUGCAUACAAACGCAGAGUUUAUUGUGACUAUGCAGAAUGAGUGUUGUCCUUGUCUUUUUCUACAAACCUAGCUUGAUAGAAUAGUUUGAGCAGGAGAGAAAUAGUGAAUGUGCAACAUGCGUAUGCCAUUUUUUUUUCUUUCUGUGAGCUUUCCUUUUCUGUUACAGUUACGUCCACGACAUACUCACCUGUGUCAGUCACACAUGUGUAAAUUGCUUUUUAAUGCGGCGUUUUUGAGAGUUGGGAAACGUUUAAAACUGCAAUAAAACUGCCU